AUGAAGGCCUCCACCAUCCUCUUCCUCGCUGGUGCUUCUCUCGCUGUUGCGGCUCCCGUUGCACAGCCUGAGGCCGAAGCAGAGGCCAGCAUCUCCUUCCUCGAGUCCAUCCACUACAAGAGAGAAGCCAAUCCCAAGGCCGAGGCCGAGCCCGCCAUCAACUUCCUCGAGUCGGUUCACUACAAGAAGGAGGCUCGGCCGGAGGCACAACCCGCCAUCGAGUUCGAGGAUUCCGUGCACUACAAGCGCGAAGCCGAGGCUGAGCCUGCUAUCAAUUUCUUGGAGUCCGUCCACUACAAGAAGGAGGCCGAGCCCGCGAUUGAGUUCGAAGACUCUGUCCACUACAAGCGAGAGCCAGAGGCCGAGGCCGAGCCAGCCAUCGAAUUCUUGGAGUCAGUUCACUACAAGAAAGAAGCUGAGCCCGCUGUCGAGUUUCUGGAAUCCGUCCACUACAAGAAGGAAGCGGAGCCUGCUAUUGAGUUUGAGGAGUCUGUUCACUACUAG